AUGGUAGCCCUUCUCUACAGACGCCUUUUCUCCAGCUCUAGCAAUGUGCAAUUUUUGGGCCGCUUCCAAAAACAUCUGGUCAACACAGCGCCCAAAGAACAUGUGGUGAAGGAACUGGUGCGCCCAGUGGGACUUCCUGAGCUGCCCAGAUCCAAUAUGAAGUACAAGGAAGGAAACAGCGUUCGAGAGCUUUUUGACGAGGCCAAAACCAGCCAAAGAACGAUGGAAUUGGAAAUGCAGUUUAGCAAAGGCGGGCUCUACGACGUUCAUACGUUUCGUAAAACAGGCGGCAAACUGUUUUUGUCGCCGCCGUCUAUCUGGAGGCAGGACAAGGCCCUCUAUUUCCCGCACAUACAAGCACGAAGCCUUUCCGAUUCGCAAAAUCAAGACGUGGAGACUUUUUUACAGGGCAAGCUCUCUGUUGUGCGAAUUUUCACCAGCGCUGCGGGGGACCAACUAGGAAAAUCCUAUUUCCGUGGAGACGAUGGCGUAGAUUACCUUAAACAAGAAUCUCUGCUAAAUCCAAAUACGCAGGACGUGCAAACGCAGAUUGUGGAAAUCAAUCUGACUGAAAAUAAGCUCAAAGCUCUUUUUGCAAGACUCGCACUGGGUAAGGUACGCGCUGAUGUUCCCAAAGAGCGCCAUUCGCGCUAUUUCCUCGGCGAUAGAAACCAAUUAUCCUUCGGCAUUCGCGAAGAGCUUCAGAUCAACAAUCUCUACACCAGCUACAUUUUUCUGGUGGACCCUCAGCUGAAGAUCCGGUGGAUGGCUAGCGGGGGAGCCGACAAAAAGGACUUCAACCUCCUGUGGAGAUGCGUUAGGGCUCUCAAGAAGGAGCUGAAUCCACAGCUCGCUUCAUCUUAA